AUGGUCGUUGUGCGGCAUUUCUGUGGCAAUGUGAUGGCGGUGCGUCUCCAACUCGACGCAAUUCAUCUACGCCUGUCGUUGCCGUCGUCGCUCUGGUCUCUCUCGUCUCGUCACAGCAAACGUGGCCAGCCAGCCAGCCAAGCGACGUUGCCGAUAGCGGCGACGAGCUGUCAUAGACAUGGAAGCGGAUGGACGACGCAGCCGGUGAGACGAACGAGCGCCCCAGAGAGCGUCGCCAGGGAGAGGGUGGCGGCUGACGACGGCCUGGCGGGGACGGGACAGCAGCAGCAACGAGUUGAGUGGUUGCGGGAAGGACGGGGGAUUGGCAAGUUGUGCAACGACAGCGACGAGGUCAACGCUCGAAGAGACGCAGAGUGCACGGCCGGCUGCAGCGACUGCGACGAGGAGGAGAAGACGAAUUGA